AUGGGCCAGACGCUGUCAGACGAGCAGCCGCGCCAGCGGUCGCGCGAGGAGCUGACGCAUGAGCUCGCGCACAGGUUCAAGAACAGGUGCUUCACUUCACUCGAGUACUACUCGCUCAAGGAUGUCUUCAAGACCCUCGCCGACCACCAGGGUUCCGUGCGAUACCUCAAGGAAGACACAAUCGCCCGCUACCUGGAGAUCCCGGAUAUCCUCGGCGCUUCCCCCGUCGUCUUUCAGAUGGUCUCGUAUCUCGGCGCCUUUCCCUUCCUUCAGGACGCCCCCGUUGUGCUCGAGCUGCCGCACAUGAUCAUGGUCAUUGUCAUCAUGACGGAGCGCUAUCGUCGUGUACUAGCCAAAGGCUCCGCAGACAGAACCAAGCUCUUCUUCAAAGGCCUGGCCGUAUUCGACCGCAAAGCCUCCGAGAUCCGGCCUGCUUCGACGUCGCCCAAUCAGCAUAAUACAAAAACGGCCGGCCCGUCGGGCGCCCUGGGCUAUGCCAUCGAUGCGGCCGGCGACGACGGAGCUAACGGCAGCACUCACGACUAUGGCUAUGCCGACGACGAGGACGAGGACGACGACUUGGUUCUCACAGCAUUUGAGCUACUCGACGUGUCGGAAGCAGUCAAACAGGGUGCCACCCCCGAGUUUCACACCGCCAUGAUCCCGACAGAUAACUUUCGGAAGCUCUUGAUGCUCCUCCUCCUCGCUGCGCCCUUGGACCCGCAGGAAAGCCUAUCGCAGUACUCGAGCCGCGUGUCGGACAAUAACCUCGAGCAGCUGCGAUCGACAGCCGAGAACAUGCUGGCCUCAUUUGUCGACGCCGAGUCAUCCCCGGGGAUUAGAUACAGAUUCUUCAAGACCAUUAUUCCCAUCCUCUUCCCCAACCUGUUUACCGGCUUCAACGGCCUGUUUGAGCACUUCCUCUUCUCCAAGAAUCUAGACUUUUCGAAACACAAGGACGAAACGGGUACCGCCCAGCCCGUUGCAAAGAAGGCUGCGCAGCCUUUACUCCCCGACAAGGGCGAGAUCCUCAACGACCAUGUGCUAUCGCAAAUCUCCAUGUUCCUGCCCGGUUCCUCACUGUUCCGGAGAGUCAGGCUGCUCUAUUCCGGAAACGACGCAGGCUUCUCGAUGGGGAGUUUCGAGUCCAAGGUCUUUCACUGGAGGGCGCCUACGAUUGUCUUGGUGAGCGGGACUCGCCUGGGUGAUGUGCCGGACAGCGGCCAGGAGGCAUCCUUUGCCGAAUCCCUGCCCUCCAAGAGAUUUCCUCACGGCACCAAGUCCAGCCGGGUCACGUACGGCGUCUACGUCCGAGAACCCUGGAAGCACACCCACAGAGCGUGCUUUGGGGAUUCGGAAACCGUCCUUUUCCAGCUGGAGCCCAUUCACGAUGUGUUUCCCGCGUCGACCAUCAACACCGACUACGUAGCUUUUACAAAAUCCCCCGGCAAUCAAUCGUACCUGUCAUUCGGCUGUCCACAUCCGAAGCCCACCCAGUCGAAUCGCAAAGACGGCGUGUUUGCCCUGGGAGCCGUGUCCCUGCUCCUCAAUGACUCGUUCGAGUUUGGCGUCUUUAAUCACGACUAUAAAUCCCGCGGCGGGGCUUUCCACACGAGUGUGACGAGAAAGUUUGACUUUCAGGACCGCUUCCAGAUCGAGAAACUCGAGGUCUGGGGAUGCGGGGGGGACGAGGAGGCCAGGGCGCAGGCGUCGAGGUGGGCUUGGGAAGAGAGGGAAGCAGAGGCCCGGCGGAAAAUCAACCUUGGGUCUGGGGAUAUCGACGCGGACAGGGCGCUGCUGGAAAUGGCUGGUCUCAUUGGCGGCGCGAACCGGAGCGGGGGAUCCAUGGUGUAG